AUGGCGCAACCUCAGAAGCCAGAGACAUUUAUGCUCUCAAACGAGGCACAACAAAGCUUGCCCCAGGAUGCGCAAGUCGCCCUGCAGCAGGUAGACAACCUCAAAUAUUUUCUCAUUUCUGCGCCGGUGGACUGGAGUCCCGACUCUCUCAUUCGCAGAUUCCUCCUCCCCACAGGUGAAUACGUUUCCUGUGUCCUAUGGAACAACCUAUUUCAUAUCUCCGGCACCGACAUUGUGAGAUGUCUUUCCUUCCGGUUUCAAGCAUUCGGCCGACCGGUCAAAAACCCCAAGAAGUUCGAGGAAGGAAUUUUCUCCGACCUGCGCAACUUGAAGUCGGGCACAGAUGCAUCUCUGGAAGAACCCAAAAGCCCAUUUUUGGACUUUUUGUACAAAAACAAUUGCAUUCGGACGCAAAAGAAACAAAAGGUCUUUUACUGGUACAGCGUACCCCAUGACCGCCUAUUUCUCGAUGCCUUGGAGAGAGACCUAAAGCGCGAGAAGAUGGGUCAAGAGGCGACAACGAAAGCUGUAGCGGAGCCAGCGCUUUCAUUCGAAUUCGACUCUUCGCAGUCGCUGUUCGAGCAACUCACAAAGGCUCAGCAAGCUAGUUCGUCGUCGUUCGCAACCGCAAAUGCAAAUGUGAACUACUCCCAGUCGACCUCGCCCGUCUUACGAGCAGCGGACUCAAUGCCCCCUCCAAUGGUGCCUCCUCAGAUGCCACGCUCCCAAGAGCAGCCGCAGACCAUGUAUACUAGCAUGAGCAUGCAAAACAGCCUCCCAACCCCCCUUUCCACGACGGCGAUGUCUCGAGAGCCGGAUUUCUCUCAGGUCGCCUACGAUCGCGCACACAUUCGCCAUGCCUCUAUGCCCGCAUAUAUGGAGUACUCCCCAGCUCCCUCAUUCGUAUCCUCACACUUUGAGGACUAUAGCACUCGCGGCCUCUCAUAUGAACCUAUUACACCCCCACAACAUGCCAUGCAUGGCGCUGAGCCUGCAUAUAUCGCCAACGAGGACACUGGUCUUUACUCUGCUAUCCCAGAGAUGCAGCCGAUGCAGUCUUACAAUCCCAUGGCUUCAUUGCCGCCUUCUACUCUCGCAGGGCCACUUCAUGUAACUGCACCGCGACCGUUUCCUCCUACAAAUGUCUACUCGGUAAUUGAAGGAUCUCCGACCUACAAAGCAAGGAGACGGCGCUCGUCGAUUCCAUCGUCCAUCAUGAAUGCGGUGGCUGCGAAUGCCGUUGCCCAAGUUACUCACGGAAUAAAGACACAUCUCCCUCAAAGGCCAAGCGAUCUCCGUCGGUCUAUGUCGAGCUCUGUCUUGCCUAUUGCGGAAGGCGACGAGUCCGGAGACCAGUCUCCUCCUGGCCUUGCCCACAGCUACGCGUCGUCGGUUGUCAACCGUGAUCACGUAACUGAUUUCUCCCGGCGAAGCACGCCGUUACCAAGCCUCGAAGAAGACCCGACGCACUCGCUUGGAAUGUCGGCUGGCACUGAGCCUAUGCCAAACCUCAUGGGAGACGAUAUGCACAUUCACUCGCUGCAAGCUAGCCCCGCAGUCCGGUUAGAGCGGCCAGGUCCCGUUCGCAGAGCACGAAGUGCAACCAUGAUGGAGCUUGGUGUACCCUACAAAUCCCACUCAUGUCCCAUUCCCAGCUGCGGGCGGCUUUUCAAGCGCCUCGAACACCUCAAGCGACAUGUUCGAACUCAUACUCAAGAACGUCCCUAUGUCUGCCCUUACUGCAACAAAGCGUUCUCACGAUCCGAUAACCUGGCCCAACACCGUCGAACUCAUGAAUCUCAACAAGAUGGGCAACCUGCUCCUGUGACCAGCGAAGAAGAAAUGGAGACCGAAGAGAACGAUUUCGGAUCCAUGGACGAACUAUCGUCCCCGGAUGAAGUUACCCGCCCAACCAGCGUGUCUGGCAUGAUGGCUAUGUCUAUGCCACCUCCCUCAACGCUGGUCAUGCAACCAAUGACCUCUCAGCCAAUGAUGGCCCCCAGUCAACUUGUUCAACCCUCGAUGCUGCAGAACCUGUAG